AAUGUACUUAUCAUCGUUUUUUCUUUGGCUGGUUUGGGUUUAUGGGAGUCUUCUGGGUUUCUUUUCUUUUCUGUCGAUGGUCUUUUGGAUGGUCUCUGGGUUUGGUUCCUUUCUUGGCCAGUUUUCUGGCGUUUCUUGGGGGUUUUUGGAAUUGGGGCUCUUGACUUGAUGGUUUUCCUGCUUUUUGGGUUGUGAUUGGAUAUGGGUUUUCUCUCCUGGUGAUUCUGGAUAUACGGGCUGGAUGUGGGCUUUCUUUUCUUUGGAGAUUCUGGUUGGAUUUGGGUGUUGAUGUUUUCUACGUGUUGGACUUGGGAGGAGUUGGGUAUUGGGUCUGGGGGCUUUCUUUCUUUUCUUUUCUUUCCUUUUCUUCCUUGCUCGCCGAGGACGAUUUUUUCGAUUUUCGCUCUGCCGACUAUCGACGACACGGUCCUUCGACAUCAAAGGCAACAUCACCAAGCCCUGGCAGGGAGGCAGGGACGGGCUUGGGUCGCCCCGACGCGACAUUCUGGUUCGACUUUGUUAUUGAGAAACAAUUCCCGUGCAACUUUCCAAUAUGCCCGCGUUGGUCGCUUUACGGUCUUCACUAUCUUGACUCUUUCUGCGCUUGAGAUUGCGUUGACUGGUUUACGAGCUAUUUUUUUGUUUUUGGAUUUCGCGUUUGUGGAUACUUACCGACUAGAUGCUGCUUCGACAUUCAAGGCAACUUCACCAAGCCCUGGCAGGGUGGUAGGGACGGGCUUGGGUCGCCCCGACGCGACAGUGUGUUUGGAUCUGGUGGUUGGAAACUUCUCGUGUGCAACUUGUUUUGAGGACCUCGUUCUGGAAUUUUGUACUUAUCGGGCCUUUUUCUUACUAGCUUCCGUUGAUAGCUAUAUAGCUAGAUAGCCAGAUAGCUAGAUAGACUUAGGUAGCUGCUGUUGGGUUUUUGGGUUUGCCGUUGGCGACUUUGGUUCUCGUUAGGAGACUUUCGUUUGAGCGGUUUUCUCUUGGACGGUUUUCUCUUGGACGGCCUUUUUUGGU